AUGUCUCACAAACCUCUCGGGCCUUUCCCUACUCCCACAAGCUAUCAGCCAAUUGUUCAAAGGCUGAUGGACAUGAUUCAACGCAAUAACUGGAAGGACGAUUUUGAGCAAGCUGUCGUUGACGCUCACAAGACAGGUGUCGAAGAUAUGGUCCAUAUAAGAAACUUGACCGAAUAUUACAAUUUUCUUAAUUACUUUGUGUUAUGGGUCCCCAAAGAGGAUGAAACAGGAACUUACGUUUACAAUAUGCUUUGCACGUUAUACUUUGUCCUUGAUCAGAAAACUGUAAAACAGUAUCAGUCACCCAUUAAGCCUUCGUCGUACCCAUCACCGCUGUUGACGGAGCUAUCCAAAUGGAUAGUUGAUUUCGCCAAAGCUAUGGGAGAAUUUCUCAAUACGCCUCAAUCACUUACCGAGGAAUCUUUGCAGACUUUUUAUACCGCGCAGAACUACGACGUGGACGCCUACGAGGUUCCCCCAGGAGGCUGGAUAGGGCAUUCUUUCAACGAAUUCUUCGCGCGAAAAUUCUUGCCAGGAACCCGACCCAUCGACAGACCUUCCAAUCCAGCGAUUAUUGUGAGUCCCGCAGACUCGACCUUCGAUGGCUCUUGGGAUAUCAAUUCUGAUUCAAUUCUCACUUUAAAAGGCAUCCCCUGGCACAUUAGCGAGUUACUUGCAAACAGUCAGUACGCAAAUGACUUUGCCGGCGGGAAAUUUACUCACGCAUAUCUCUCACCAUACGACUAUCAUCGUCUGCAUGCUCCUGUCGAUGGCAAAGUGCUCGAAGCCAAAGUUAUUCCAGGCCAGGUCUAUCUCGAAGUUUGUUUUCAAGAAGACCAUAGCGGCAAAACGAGGCUCAAUCCUAAUCGAAAAUGGGACAGCGACGUCAAAUCACUCAGUUCGCCGGACUCUCCCGGAUAUCAAUUCCGCCAGACUCGCGGUCUGAUUUUAAUCGAUUCGCCAAAAGUUGGAAAAGUUGCUGUUUUACCAGUCGGUAUGGGUCAGGUGUCUUCCGUGGUCCUCUCCACUCAGGCAGGGGCUGAAUUGAAGAAAGGGGACGAGAUAUCUUAUUUUCAGUUUGGUGGAUCUGACAUUGUCCUCGUGUUCCAAGCGCAGAGCCAGGUUGAAAUACUUGCUAACAUAGAAAAACAUUAUAGAGUGGGCCAACAGAUUGCACUCGCUCAUAUUCCUGAAUCAUGA